AUGAUAGGAAAAACACAUCUGGAGCUUCAACACAAUCAAGAAGUGUCAACUCCAAUUUAUUGUGAUAAUAGCUCAACAAUCAAGCUGUCCAUUAAUUCUGUUUUACAUGGAAGAAGCAAGCAUAUUGAUGUGAGAUACCAUUUCUUACGUGAACUGACAAAGGGAAAAAUUGUUGAGCUCAUUCACUGCAAAAGUGAAGAUCAAGUGGCUGAUUUGUUUGCAAAACCACUUAAGUUAGCUGCAUUCAAAAAACUUAGAGCAUUGCUUGGAAUAGAGUCACUUUUUAUCUGGUCUUUAGGAGGUAUCUACGGGUUCCUUCUCAUGAUCUUUCCUCCCAACGUUCCUUCCAUCGAGGUUGACGCCUCCGAUGUGUUGGACGAUGGAAAUCAAGCACAGGAGAAGAGCUUUAAAUACGUGCCUCCGUCGCAACAAUCAGGGAAGAUUGUUCAGUGCUAUGAACCUGCAACUAUGAAAUAUUUGGGAAAUGUUCCUGCAUUAACGCAUGAUGAGGUCAAGGAUCGAGUGGCUAAAGUAAGAAAGGCACAAAAAAUGUGGGCUAAGUCCAGCUUCUUGCAAAGACGCUUGUUUUUGCAUAUACUACUAAAGUAUAUAAUUAAACAUCAAGCACUUAUAUGCGAAAUAUCUUCACGUGAUACUGGAAAGACGAUGGUAGAUGCCUCUUUAGGAGAAAUAAUGACAACAUGUGAGAAGAUCAAUUGGCUACUAUCAGAGGGCGAGAAGUGGCUAAGGCCUGAAUACCGGUCUUCUGGAGGAUCAAUGUUUCUUAAGAGAGCCAAAGUAGAAUUUCACCCCCUUGGUGUCAUUGGAGCCAUUGUUUCGUGGAAUAAUCCUUUCCACAACAUAUUCAAUCCUAUGCUGGCAGCAGUUUUUUCUGGAAAUGGGAUUGUGAUUAAGAUAUCAGAACAUGCAAGUUGGUCUGGAUGCUUUUUCUUCCGGAUCAUCCAGUCAGCCCUUGCUGCCAUAGGAGCUCCAGAGGACCUUGUUGAGGUGAUAACAGGGUUUGCUGAAACAGGAGAAGCAUUGGUAUCUUCAGUAGAUAAAGUCAUAUUUGUGGGAUCUCCUGGUGUUGGUAAGAUGAUAAUGAGAAAUGCUGCAGAGACACUUACACCAGUUACCCUAGAGCUUGGUGGAAAAGAUGCAUUUAUUGUUUGUGAAGAUGUAGAUGUGGACCAUGUUGCACAAAUUGCUGUCAGGGCUGUUCUUCAGUCAAGCGGACAGAACUGUGCUGGGGCUGAGCGAUUUUAUGUCCACAGGGAUAUUUAUUCUUCUUUUGUCAGUAAAGUUACCCAAAUAGUAAAGUCUGUUACAGCUGGCCCACCACUUGUUGGAAAGUUUGAUAUGGGAGCUUUAUGUAUGCAUGAGCAUUCUGAAAAACUUGAAGGUCUCGUAAAUGAUGCUUUGGACAAAGGAGCUGAAAUUGUUGCACGUGGAAGUUUUGGACAUAUAGGUGAAGAUGCAGUUGAUCAGUAUUUCCCCCCUACUGUUAUUGUGAAUGUAAACCACUCAAUGAGAUUGAUGCAAGAAGAGGUAUUUGGACCAAUCAUGCCGAUAAUGAAAUUUAGCUCUGAUGAGGAGGCUGUCAAGCUUGCCAAUGACUCAAAAUAUGGGCUUGGCUGUGCUGUUUUCUCAGGCAUUCAGAGCCGUGCAAGAGAGAUAGCUUCACAGAUACAUUCCGGAGUAGCUUCAAUUAAUGAUUUUGCGGCAUCAUACAAGUGUCAGUCCCUACCAUUUGGCGGUGUGAAACAUAGUGGAUUUGGACGAUUUGGUGGUGUAGAAGGUUUGCGAGCUUGCUGUCUUGUUAAAGCAGUUGUUGAAGAUCGAUGGUGGCCAUUUGUCAGAGCCAAGAACCCUAAGCCUAUCCAGUAUCCUGUUGCAGAUAAUGGAUUUGAAUUCCAGGAGUCAUCUGUUGAAUUAUUUUAUGGGAUAAGCUAUUGGGACCGUUUACGAGCAUUAGGAGAUGUUUUAGAAAUGCUUAAAGAGCAGCAGAACCCUGCUGGCAGCAGCAGUAAGAGAAGAAAUGACUAACUGUCAGGUCAGGUAUAACAUGCUAAAUGGUCAACAUUGUCAAAUUCAAAUUCAAAUAAUCCCUGGUAUCACUGAUAAAUUAGAGUACUGAUAUUACUAUCUCGGAAAAAUAUGGAUAUAGUAGUUCAUCACACUCACUGCGAAAACAAUGCCCCAGUUUAUGGUUUGGCAAAGGUAGCAUUGCAAAACUUAUGGGAUAGGAAGCUUUGCAGGAGUUCACCAUUUUGCAUUACUAGCAUGCUGAGAGCAUAUAUGAAACUGCAUUAGUUUCUAUUUUUUCUACUAAAAAAAAGAACUCUGAUGUCUUUGGCCAUCCAACAUGGAAGUUUAGUCGUGUAAUCAGAGCAUUCUAAAUGGGACCAUAGUAGCUGAUUCAAUUGGAAAUUUAAUAAAUCAAUGUCUUUGUACAUAUUUCGACUUGCAAUUCCUGCCAUUUUGGAAAUUUCCACUGUCAAUUUAAUUAAAAUUUAGUUGUUUA